CGGCACGGGCGCCCUCCUGUCACCGAACACCAACGCACUCGACGAUGGACAACUUUGUGAACCUCGCCAAGCAGGGCAUUGACGCGUACCAGCGCUCGCAGUCCGAUGUGAGCAAGACGGGCGGCCAGGAGCUGAACCGACCCACGUCCGAGAACAGGACCCAUAGCAGCAGCGGCUACGACUUUGAUGAUGACGAUGUCGUUCGCAAGGCUAGCACCCAAAGCUCUGGUGAGAGCUCCCUCUUCAGCACCGCGCUGAGCUUCAUCAACAACAACAAGAGCAAGCACGAAGAACCCAUCGAUGAGGAGGAUGUCACCAGGACCCACAAGAAGGUCUACGACGACGACGAUGCCAGCGGUGUCAACGCGAAGUCGCUGGGCAGUGCUGCCGCCCUCCAGGUCUUCAAGCAGUUCGUGGGUGGAGGCAAGAGCUCGAGCGCGAGCACCACCAGCUCUGGCGGCAAGAGCUCCCAGUCCGAGCUCAUCGCCGCCGCCAUGAGCGAGGCCGCCAAGCUCUUCGACAAGAAGGGCGCGUCGGCGUCGGGUGACAAGCAGGACGCCGUCAACGGCGCUGCCAUGACGGUCGUAAAGCUGCUCGUGCAGAGCAAGCUCAGUGGAGGUGGAAGCUCGACCACCGUUGGUGGGAGCAACUCGGGCGGCCUGGGCCAGCUCCUGAGCUUGGCGACCCAGUUCGCCAAGUAGAUCCACGAGUUUGGGGACGAUGCAGAGAUCUGGAAGUAUAAUCAUGUAUGUAUCAAUCGAAAGAACAAUGCGCAACCAUAUCACGCAAGCCCGUCCACAUCCUCGCAGACAAUGCACAGGACGACUCUGCCUUCAAAGCUUCAAUCUUCAGUAGAAAUACAACGCCGAGAGAUCAGCGACGGGGGCAAAAGCGAAGCUCCUGUGAACUUGAACGGGGAAGGCAUCGCGUCUUGUAUAAAGAGCAACCGGGAAGAUGACCUGAGGGCAAGCGAAGGACAUACUGCUCCAGUCUGACCGAUGAUCCAAUCACGGAGGCGAU